CACUGACGAUCUUCGGAAAAGUAAGCAAAGGGUUAGACGACUAGAGAGAAGAUAUUGUCACUCCAAAGCAGAAAUCGACCGCCAGAUCCUGAAGGAUGAAUGUUGUCUCUAUAGCAACCAACUUGCCAAGGCUAAAACAGUAUUACUCUGAACAACUUGACGACUGUGAUGCUCAUCAGCUUUUUCAAAGAGUUGAUCGUUUGUCUUCUACCUCAGCAAGGAACAUCCUACCAUCAGAUGAUGACCCACAUCGAUCUCUUGCUGAUCGUUUUUCAAAUUUCUUCAGUGCGAAGAUUGAUGUCCUUGUCAGGUCCCUUGAGAGUCUACCAUCAAGCAAUCUCGACCACGUCAAUUUUCGAAGCACCCAUCUUCGAUUUAAUGCUUUUUCUCCUGUAACACAGGGCCAAGUUAACAGAGCUAUCAAAGAAUCUCGUUCAACUUCCACCCGACUUGACCCAAUACCUACUUGGCUACUUAAGAAUUGCAUUAAUGAGUUAACUCCUGUUAUAACAGCUAUUGUGAAUGCUUCCCUCAUCAAUGGUCAUUUUCCUGAUUCACUAAAGCAUGCUCAUGUAACUCCACUCUUGAAGUCCACAAAACUGAGUUCUGAUGAUCUAAAGAGCUACAGACCUGUCUCCAAUCUUCAGUUCCUGGGAAAGACUGUAGAGAGACUUGUGUUAAAACAGCUCCAGGAGUAUUUGUCUGAGCACAAUCUAUAUUCUGAGAAGCAGUCAGGAUACCGACCGCAUCAUAGUUGUGAAACUGCCUUGCUUAGAGUUUCGAACGAUAUCCUUCUUUCCCUUGAUAAAGGCGAUGAAGCGAUUCUGAUGCUGUUGGAUUACUCUGCAGCCUUUGACACGUUAUGUGCAAGAUUCAACCUCAUAGGUCAACAGGUGCUUAACCAAGGCUUCUCCAAACUUGACCGCUUCCACAGCCAAUGUGCCAAGGAGCUCAAAGCCCAACUGCCACGCAGAGAAUCAGAACGAAGGAUGCAUCCUCUCGCAAGGCACUGUGACAUUCUCUCUGCUGUUGAGACAAGGCUGUCACUUCUUGCAAUGACCUACACAAAGUACAUUGACCUACAGCUCUGCUGCUUCAUACCUGGAAAGGUUAUUGAUGAAGCAUUUAAAGUACUCCACCUGGUAAAAUUCACCAAGGUCCCUCCUCCUACACAUGAGCUCCUGCAGGAGCUAAGGGACCUCUCCUCCAUGGCCAUGGAGCACUUUGAUGAGAAGAUUGUUCCUGACCUCAAAAAGAAGUCAGGAGUUGAAGUUCGCCCUUCCAACCUUGUCAACCACACACUGUCAACUCUAUCUGGUCGUAGUCUGAAGGUCAGCUCGUCUCUGUCAGUUCCUUCAGGAAGCCGAGAGCAGUUCGGCAAGCUUCACUCACAGUACAAAGCCACCCUUGCCUCCUUUAACACCCAUCGAAGAGAGCUCCAGUCCUGCAAGGCCGAGCUCCAGGAGAUGCGCAAGAUCUCUGAUGAGCAGAACAAGAAGAUGACGCAGCAGCAGCAGCUGACCACUGAACUGUCUAGUCGGCUGGCCUCUCAGAACCUGAGGGUGACUGAGCAGGAGAAACGCAUAGCAGAGCAGGAUAAGAGACUUGCUGCCUUGGAGCAGAAACUUGAGGCCUUGCCAAAGCCUUCCCAGAGAACUGUUGCAGGUGUGGCAACCAAGAGGAAAGCUGAUGACAUCUCUGGAGGAGGUGAUGGUGCUGGAACACCAUGUACCAAAAAGGAUAAAGUCUAGCUGAAGAUAAACCUCCUUAGCUCUCUUUCUAUGUACCUUAGGGUAUUAAAAGACUAUUACCAGAAAACUGCUAUUUAUCGAUUCACUGGUGAAUGACAGUAAGUUAUUUGUUUGUUACAAAAUAUCAAACAGAGGAGCCAAACUGUUCUGAGAGAUUAGGUAUCAAAUUGGUUCCCGUAUUAUUAUCUGUGUAUCCCCUUGUGCAUGCGUAAGCUUUGAUUUUGUAUUCUCAAAUUUUUCUGUGUGUAGAUGAAUAGAAGAGCUUUCAGCAGAUAUUUCAGGGCAAUAUAUAAAUGAGAAAGUUGUUAUUUCUUUGACAUUUUGUUGCUUAGGCAGGGUUUUUUUAAAGGGAAAGGGAAUGAUGGUAACAUCAACAAAAUAAGUCUGUCAUUUUUGGCUGUGUUGGAGCAAGAAAAAAGAACAAGGCAAGAAAAUAGUCCACUGGGAUCACUCUAUUGAGGUGAAAAAUUAUCACAACAAUUUUGUUUUAUAGCCAGAUCUAAACUUUUUUUUACAUUAGAUCUAUCUCUGUCCAGCUGUCACUUGAAUUUAAGGUAGAAAUUACAGCACAAAAAGGUGGUGCCAUGAAUUGCGAAAAGCAAUAACCAAAUAUGUUUUCAAUAAUCUUGUAAUUCAAUUAAGUAUCACCAUUACAUACAAAGACAUUUAAAGUCAUAAAGAACCGUCUGUAUCUGUUUUUUAAAUUCAUGUUGGUGGUAUUGAAGAAAUGAAUCAUGGAUCUAUUUGUAAUUUCACAAGGUGCUUCAAAGUUGGCACUGCCCUAUUAUGCCUAUCUAGUUCUCAUUUAUUUGAAAGAAUUGUCAUAAUUGUCAUGAACUCUGCAUACAUGCACUUCUAGUCAUUUAUAAAUUAGCACUAUCCCUAAGUUAUAUUUCUGUCACUGUCUUUCCAGUUAUAAUGUAUAUGCCUUACCAAGCAUUUUUCUACAAGCCCCUCCCACCCCCCCC